AUGAGCGAAAAGGCAAAAUCGUUUCACUUUGGAAUCAAGUCAAACAACCAUCAAAAGCCUGAUCAGAAAAGAAAAUUUUUCAUCGAAUAUGAAACCUCACAACUUUUGAAAAUCGCCACCAGUCUCAACUACGACAACGCUAUUCAGCAUGAGGAAGACACUCAAGUGGCCUUCAAUGUUUACCAAUGCCUGAAGAACACAGCUUGCGUAAACCCAAUCUGCGCCAUCCAACAAAAAUUCAUCAAAGACACAUUCAACAGCGCACAGGUCUUUGUCGAGUACGCAGAAGACCAACCUAUUCCUGACGAAGUAAUGCUACUUUUACGAGAAUUCAAGCCAUCUCGACCAGCAAUUGUUAUACAGCCCAAGUCACGACCACUUUCAACAAUGAAUACUCCACCCCCGCCUCCUCCUCCUCCAUCAUCAACUGGCGUAUUCGGCUUCUAUGAAAAAACAUCGCGUUGUGGCACCAAAACUCCUACUCCAGAAAAUGAAUGCCUCUGGCAAUAG